AACUCUGAGACACAGACACAACAAAAUGUGAAAAAAAGUUCAAGGGGGUGUAGACUUUCUAUAGGCACUGAUGACACAAAAACAGCUUACUUCAAUUAUAAAUAACGUAAAUCAAUAAUUGACUUUUCCAAGGCGAGAGCAUGUUUUCAGUAAAUCCAUGUGUUUGGAAAGUUCUGUUUUCCGGUUUCAGGGAGUCUGAAAAGCCUGCGGACUGCCUGUUUGCUGUAGGAAUGGAUGGUGCUGACGAUCGAGCCAGGCAUUUACUUCAUCGAUCACCUCCUGGACCAGGCGCUGGCAGACCCAGCUAGGGGCUGCUUCAUUAACAACAAGGCUUUGCAGCACUUCAGAGGCUUUGGAGGAGUGCGUAUCGAGGAUGACAUCGCCGUGACGGCCAGUGGGGUGGAGCUGCUCACCUGUGUGCCGUGCACACCAGACCAAAUCGAGACCUUCAUGGCCGAGUUGCACAAUUCCUGCAAGGCUUUCGACCAUCAUGGCCAGCCAGAAGCAAUAAAACCUGAAGUGCCUUAAUCAGCUGAUUUGUACUGCCUUGCAUUGCACAAUUAACUAGAUUUGUUCUGCAUCAUGCUGGAGUAAAAAUAGAAUAGAAAUCCAGAUUAUUGGAUGCAUAGCCUUCUUCAAGAACGGUGAUUCCUAUUGUAGCACACAGCUUGCAUUGCAAAAUAUUACACAAAUGCAUCUUUUUACAAAUUCCAGAUUAGCUAAAUGUCUUUGAGUAGAACUGAUUUGUUUUAGUCAAAUUCAGUAUUGUGCGAUUUAUUAUGUCAUUUUUAUUGCAGUUACUUAAUAAGCUAGAUGUUAAUUGCAACCAUGUAAAAUGGCGUUUACAGAUGUAUUGAAGAAUCUUUUUUAAAUCAUACAAUUCUUGCUUUUUCUUUUCACAGUAUUGACUAAUAAACUCUUUGAACAAGAAGUUGAUGUUUGCAUGUGUGUUUACCACAUUUUUGUUGCAUUAUUAAAUCAGGUUUUUAAAUGUUGAUGCUUACAACAAUUCUCAAUUGUGAAAUACAUAGAUGAAUCCCACAUUAAGAUCUCCAAAAGUAAAAACCUCCCCCUUAAAAAAAAAAAUUAUAAUAAUGUAACUGAGAGGUCUGAUCCAUGCAAUAAUAGUAGUUAAGAAUGCUGUAAUAUCCCCUAAUGUCUUAAGUGUGACAUUAUUAAAUAAAAUAGUACAUGGUGUAGCAAUAGAUCUUGAUUAAAUAAUAUGAAAUUACAUCAUAAACAUUGUUUUUAAAUCCCUUAACUGUACUCUACCUUCCUGCUGGAGAUGGGUGCUUCUCCGUCAGAAGGAAUUGUGUGGUGGUGAUCUUUUAGGAAGAUUUAGUCUGCACAAUUGAUUUUGUUUUUUUGUUUUUUGGUCCAACUCCAGUAAGAGAAUUUGCAGGCAAUAUUUUAAAACGUUACCUUAUGAAGAUAAAAUGACAGAUUGAGGUGUGGUCCAUUCUUUCAACAAUACACCUUUAACAGGUGCCACCUUCACGAUGUUUACCUGAUCCGAUUAAAAAGGUAUCACCAACAAUUGUGCAUGUGACUUUUUAAUAAUUUAUAUUAUUUCUAGGGGAACAUGAUUUAAGGACAGUGGUGUUUUAAUACUAAAACCGGUACCAGCAACUAGAGUCUAGAGUUUCCACUGUCUUUAAGCAGCACAUACUGUGCUGUGCACACGUCACCUCGCAGCAGCUUAUCAGUCUGCACACCGUUCUCAGUCCAAAGUCCAUUCAUCAUAUACACCAGGCUGGGAACACACCCACAGGUUCAAUGUCUGUUACCAAGGGCUUGGCAAACCCUUUGAAACCUGAGCCACGGCAGGUUCAAUCAUUCGCAGUGCUUUAGUGCUUCCGUAAUGAACCAUAAGCCAGGUGAAUCUGUGGAAUGUGCUGGCCCAUUUAUAUAACAUUUUGUCCUACUUUUUAAAAAAAAUUAUUUACACAGUUUUUAUUAAAAUUAUUAUUAUUAACAUCCUUUAUCUAAAGAAUAUGUCAGUGUAGUAUCUGUGACCAAUGGUAACAAUGGCAUCAGUUUUAAAAUGACCACACAAUGAGGGGUUGGGUGGCACACCUUAUCCUGCCUUUCCCUUCUGAAGACCUACGUUUCACUCAGAUCAAAAGUCAAAUCAGACUGGUGGUUUUGCUUAACCCCCAGUUGACAUUAGUCCACAUCACACACAAAACACCCACACAGGUGGUCUCUCCUUUGCUGAGAUAUUUGGGUGUGCGCUUGCCUGCAGAGCUCUGAGAGGGAGAGCUCAAUGGCGCCUGUCUAAGCUAUUCCGCACUAUAGCCAAAUUAAACAACAAGGAUCUGUAAGAUGGGAAUUUUGCCUACAUCUAAAAAUUUAAUAUUUACUAUGGAAGCUCAUUCACCUUUAAUGGAACUGCCAUAUGGUAUAUUUAAAGAAACAAACUGGUUGGAGGAAUAAAAUGUGUAUCGAAUCUUACAUAGGCCCAGUGGUAGAACUUUGUUAAUAAAGAUAAUCAUUCCUACUUUACAUCCAUUGUUUCAAAUAGAGCGGUCUUUUAAUAUUCAUCACUAGGGUCCUGCGUUUUACGCAACCUGUUUUUUUCAAUUGUAAUUCAACUGCUAUAUCCUAGCUGUCCCUGCAGCCACACCAGUUAUAGUAAUCAAAUUCACAAUUAAGAAAUCAACACAUUACGCUUUGACUAACUAGAAAAAUAAAAGCUAAUUAUGAUGAGUGUGAAUGCUAACUGAAUAAAUUGAUGCGUUAAAAGAAAAACCAAGAGAUCUAAACACGAAGUCAAAGACAUCGCAAUCAAAAAGCAUUUAAUUAAGCGAAUGCACGCAAAAAUAUCCACCUGGGGUUCUGUACACCGAUGGGUAUCAUUUAUUUUGUGCAACUUGCAAUUUAUCUUUGGACCACACUCGAAAGUCAACAAUAGACCGACAUUUAUCAUCAGAAAAACACAGAAAACGAAAGGCUGAGAUUGACAGCUAUAAGAUGCCAUCCUCCUGUAAAAAACAUAAGGGGAACCAAAAUUAUGAAUGCCAGCAAGAUGUUCUUUUCUAUUUGACAGAGGAAAAGUUUGUGCUAAUAUUCCCCUAGAAAAAUUGAUAAUCCCAAACUACGUGCAUUUCUGAACAAACAUGUAAUAUAUGUGGGAGCAAUUCCUACCUCAGAUCAACUGAGAAGGGAAUAUCUACACCAAAUUGCUGAGUUGCACAAGAUGAAAAUUGUACUAUAUAAAUAAAUAUAU